UGAUCAAAAUCUUUCCAUUAUCAGUAAAACGAUGAGAUUAUUUGGGCAAUUUAUGCUACUUAAAUUAAAACUUUCAAUAGUUUAACAAGUAAGUUGAAUAUAAUAAUUGGUGUUUGCUAUUGAAAUUCAGUUAAACAACCGCCGGGGGACAUGAUGAAGUUCUGCAGAUAUGGAGUGUGUCAGCUGAUCCUUUUACUGGUUAUUCAUGCUUCGCAAUCAAAAACAGUGAGUAAUGAAGGGAAAGUUCUCACUGUUUUAAACGUGGUAGAAGAAUCAAUCACUAAAGCUCAAGAUCUCUAUCCGAAUUGCGAAGAUAACGCAACUGCUUCAAACCAUUCCGAAGACGAUAGAAAAGAAACCAGCUUAAAAUACCUGGAAUUCAUGAAGUAUGUUGUCGCGGAGGCAAAGAAACAACUUUUCCCUAUCUGUGACAAAUCCAAGUCACUAAAGCUCUACAAUAAGCCCGUGGAUUGCACUGAAGUUUUGGCAAAUGGAAACACUCAAAAUGGUCUCUACUCGAUCUGGCCGAGAAGUCGCCACACCAAUGGACAAUCCAUUUUGGUGUAUUGUGAUAUGGAGACUGAUGGUGGAGGAUGGACGGUUAUUCAGAGAAGAGGUAAUUUCUCCACUCAACAAAAUUUCUAUCAAGAUUGGGAAAAAUACAAGACUGGUUUUGGGGAUAAGAAGAAAGAUUUUUGGCUUGGUAAUGACUACAUUUAUGCUCUCACCAAUCAAGCAGAAAAUGAAAUACGCUUUGAUCUACAAGAUGUGAAUGGGGAACGAGGUUUCGCACAGUAUAGUACGUUCUAUAUUGAUAAUGAAGACUCUAGUUACACUUUGCACAUAAGCAACUACACUGGAAAUGUAGGAGACGGCAUGAAACAUUACAACAACAUGAAGUUCUCAACAAAAGACAGAGGCGACACCCAAUACGCUCGAUUUUACAAAGGUGGUUGGUGGUACUACGAUUGGGCUCACGUUAACCUAAAUGGACGAUACAAGCCUGACCAAGACGUCAUAGAAAGCAACCACUGGUGGUACUGGCGCCAAAAUAGAGGCUUAGCUGGCGCAGAAAUGAAAGUGAGAUCACGAUGAUUCAUGUAUAGAAUGAAUAAAAUAAUGAAUCGGAUUAAUAACUGGCAAAAAAAGUAUGUCGAAGUCUAGAUGUAACAAAACUGAAUAAAAGUAAUUAUAUUUUCUGGUA